AUGGAAUUGCGGUUGCACAGCCCUGUGGGCUCCGAACCCGUCGUCUACAAAUGGCCUAUGAUCAUAGGCAGAGGAUCGGACAAACACGAUGGAGCACUGGGAAUUAUAGAAACAAUAAAAUUGGUGUCGGAUGAUUUCCCAGACAUGAAGAUCCCUCUAGAAAACAACAUACUUUGUAACUACGACACGAAAUCAUACGACAGCAUGAAGUCCUUGUGCGACAGGUUCAAUAAGGCUAUUGACAGCAUGGUUCAAAUGAAUAAAGGAACUUCUUUACAAAAAUUCAGUAAAAAAGCAUCUAGAAAUCUUCUUCGACACAUAAUUCAACAAGUUUACAAUGUUUCUGUCACUGAUCCUGAUAAACUAAAUCAAUAUGAACCAUUUUCGCCUGAAGUGUAUGGAGAAACAUCCUUCGAUCUCAUCUGUCAAAUGAUUGAUCUGAUUAACAUUACUGAAGAUGAUAUAUUUAUAGACCUCGGAUCUGGUGUGGGGCAAAUUGUUUUACAGAUGGCUGCGGCCACUCAAUGUAAAAUCUGCUGGGGUGUUGAAAAAGCUGAUGUUCCUUCAUCAUACUCAAAAUUCAUGCAUUUAAAUUUUCAAAAAUGGAUGUCUUGGUAUGGCAAACAAUGUGGCCAAUAUCAACUAAUGAAGGGUGACUUUUUGAGUGAAGAACAUAGGGAAAAGAUAACUAAUGCAACAAUUGUAUUUGUGAAUAAUUAUGCAUUUGGGCCACAAGUAGAUCAUAUGUUAAAACAACGAUUUGCUGACCUUAAAGAUGGAGCUAGAAUAGUUUCUUCGAGAUCGUUUUGUCCGCUUAAUUUUCGAAUGUCUGAACGCAAUUUGAGUGAUAUUGGAACCAUAAUGCAUGUAACAGCGAUGGAACCUAUAACUGGUUCAGUUUCUUGGACUUGUAACCCUGUAAAGUAUUAUCUACAUGUUAUUGAUCGAACAAAGCUCGAGCGGUAUUUUACUCAAAAUAAGCCUCCUGUUCCAAAAUCAAGGGUGAAUGGAGAUAAACAAAAAUUAACAACAACCAUUUCUGUUAAUAAUUGUUCAUCUGAUGAUACAGACUCAUUGUUUAGUACUUUGAAUGGCGAUAGUGUAGAUGGAAGUGCUACAACUGGAUUGACACCCGAUAAAACUAUAACAAACAACAACGGGCAAUGUGCAUGGUCAGAUCUAGGUGGGCAAAAUAGUGAGGAAGAAAAUGAAAAUAAUCCAGACAAUCACAGUAGAACUACUAGAAAAGUAAUGAAGCGUAACACACCUCGACGUAGUCGUAGUUUUAAAAUCACUCCUACUACAUACUUAAACCGAUCACAUUCUGAAGCAACUGUUCCUGAAAAAAAGACUGUAGAAAAAAUCGCUAAAGCGAAACGAGUUGUUUCUACAAAUCGCAAACAAAAGGCUAAACGAAAGCCACCAAAACGUAAUGUUAAAAUAUCAGCGUCUCUAAAUUUGUUACAUAGUGAGACUGUAUUAAGCACUACACCAGAAGUAUCAAUGAGUAUUAAGGAACCUCCUAAAGGUUGUGUUGAUCAUACUUUGACUUCAAUUACGGGAGUGGGAGCUGGAUAUGCUGCUACUCAUACUGAACUUCCUCCGCCCACUGGAGAUAUUCCAUACUCAUUACAAUUGCUUUUAGAUGAUUAUAAAGAAGGCUUUAUGAAUAUGAUUAAUAUGUUUAAGACUCAAAAAUUCCGUGAAGAUGUUGAAGCACAAAUAAUUGCUGAAAAGGAAAAAAAACAAAAUUCAAACAUGAAAAUAAAUCAAAUUAAAAAACAAAUUGACCAUCUAAUUAAGGAUAGUUGUAGUCUUUUAAAGACUCGUAUGAAGGAACUUGAUAUUUAUCCUACUAAUACUACAGGAGAUGUUUUGACGGCAGCUAAAGUAAUUGUAUUGCGCCAUAAAGAUCUACAAACUAAAGUGGCCAAAGUUAAAAAUGAAACAAAUGUAUUAGAGAAUCAACAUUGGGACUAUUACUGUAAAAGAGCUGCUGAGGUGAAUGCUGUUGGAACUCCUGCACAUUUAUUAGUACAUCAAAUUGAUAACUCAACAGAUCAAGAAAUAAACACCCAACGUUUAUUAAUGACAGAACUUAUGGCCAAUCGAAAAAGAAAACAUGCUUUGUCUUCAACUAUUGAAGGAGUCAAAACUGAAAUUGAUAACUUAGAAAAACAAAAUACAUCAAGUAAGUUCAAUAGUUCUUUAGUAAAUCAAAUUUGUAAUAACAAAAAAUCAAGAAUACGAUCCCAAGACUGGCCAGAAGUACCAGAUAUAGCUAGAAUUGAUGAAAAAAAUCCAGAAAUUUUAGCACAAAAAAUAUUAGAAACUGGUAGACAAAUUGAAGCCAGAAAAAUAAUAGAAAAUGGUAGACAAGUUGAAUUAUCGACACGGUAUCAACGCUCAAAUAAGAUCUAUAAUAGAAAUUCAUCUGAUACCCCACUGAAAGUGCCUUUUUAUGAUGAACAUGUCAAAGAUCUCAUUACUCAUGCUUUAAAUGAACCAUCACCAAAAGGACCAGAUUAUACUAUUGUAACACCUGCUAAAAUUGCUUUACGAAAGCAUCUAUCACAGGAAAAAAUUUCACCCAGUCCACCAAUACAGCAACAAAAUGUCAUAACAAGAACAAUUGGUGAUGUACUAAAUAAUGAAAUUGAACGAUGUUUAGAAAUGGACAGACAUAAUCGAACAUUAGAAAUAAGCAAUCAGUCCAUAAUUAAUGCUGUUGUACCAUUAUCCAUGCAUAAUAGAAAUAAAGACACCAACCAAGCUAUAAAUCAGACAUUGCCUUCAGAAAAACGUUCAUUUAUGUAUAUACCGUUACCAAAAGCUGAACUCAAACCUUACCAAGAAUCAUUAUUUAGUGAUGAUAUCCUUCCACCUCAUUUAACCACUCUAAAAGAAGAACCUGUUGAAGGACUGGCUGCAUCAUUGCACGAUCGACUAUUAGAUAAUGAUGGAGAUGAUAGUAAUGGUGAUGAAGGCUUGUCAUUUAAAGAAGAAAAGACUGAAUCCGACACUCAAUCACCACAUAGAACACUCAAGCGCAGUUCUGAAUCACCUGGCCCUCUAAAUGCUAAAAAAAUGACACCUAUGUCUGACAGACUUCCCUCUGAAGAAGAUGAGAAAUGGAAUGAUCGCAUUCGUGAAAGAUUUGAUAGCUUGGUAACAUUUGCAUCAUUAGAAUUGGAUAAACGGCGUCGUAAUAGUUCAGAUGCUGCUGCUGCCAAUACCAGUCCUGAUAGUGGUAUAGGUCACGGUGAUCCACCGCCUGCCUUACAGCCACCACCAUCACCGUCACCCCCAUUUUCACCAGCUCCAUUGGAUGGACCAUACAGUCCUGUACCUGCUCCUACUGUGACUGCUCCAAACAUACCAUUAAGAUAUCAACGUCACACUAACCACAAAAAGAAGUCUUUUCGUGAUAAAUAUCGGUCCACUGGACCUAAAGCAAAAACUUGGGCUGCCAAAUGGAUGGAUGAUGAAAUUCAAAGCACAAGCAAUUUUUUUUAAUGUUCCUUGUUAUUGUAUUUUUCAACAGUACACAUUUUUAUUGAAGAAAAGUUAAUAAAUUAUAAUUAUAAUAAUUAUACUUUUGGUGAAUUUAUUUUUAAGCAAUAUUUUUAACUGCCUUAGUUUGAUUUGUUUACCGAUUGUUUUAUUAUCAUUAACUAGUAUUUAUUAAUAUUAUUUUUUAUUCUUUUCUUUUUUUUUCGUUAUCCUAUCACUGAUUUUAGAAUAAUAAUUAAUCAAAUUAAUAAUCUAUUCACAAUAAAUAUUCUGAAUAGAAAUUAAGUACUUAACAUUGUAAAUAAUUGCUUUAAAAAUGUGUACAGUAAGCAAACAAUUAAUUAGGCAUCCCAAAUACCAUAGAAAUAAUGUGUUCUUUAUUGUUUAUUUUUUUUUUUUUUUAUAUAUUGUUAUUAGUAUAGGUACCUAAAUAUAUUUUUUUUUGUCAAAAUCUGUGUCCUUGUUUUACAUUUGUUUUUUUUUUUUGUCGAUUUAGCUCAUCACUGCCUUUAUAUUGAAGCCCCCAUACUUAUAAAUAUGUACCUAUAGUUCUAUAAAUUAAUAAUUAGUAUAAAAAAAUUUUUAAAAUAAAAUGGGGGAACUUAGACUUUUUCAAACAUCUUUUUAUAAUCAAUUUUUCAAACUGCCACUCGUUAAAAGUGUUCAAAUUUAAAAUGUAAACCAUUUCUUUUUUUUUGUAUUGCAAUUUGCAUAAUUUUUUGUUCCUAAGUUAUUAUAUAGUUCUCCAAUUUUGUACAGAAUAUUUUAGUGGACUUUUUGACAGAUGUUAUUUAUUUCUUUUUAUAAUACUAUUAAGAACAUUGUACUGCAAGUACAAAAUUAUGUUACGUACUAAUAAAGUAUUGUAAAUACAUGUUAAAUAUAUUGUUUUGAUGGUACA